UAUAAGAUCUAUGGAAGCCUUUUUCAAGGUUCGUUUCAUUUAUUAGAGUUUCUUAUCAAGAUAUUUUACAAUUUAUGCUUUCAAUUUGCGCGGGAUAGUGAGACGAAUGUUUUAUAAUACUCGUCGAGAGAGAGAACACUUAAGAAAAAGGAAAGUGUGUAUUUGACAGAAUAAAUUUUAAAUACAGCUGUGUUUAUUAAAACUCAUAAACAAUGGCGAAUAAAGUAGCAAGAGAUUAUACAAAAGACAAAGAACAAAUGAAAACCUUUUUUCUGGAAUUCGUAACAAUGGAAGAUACAACAGAAAAUAAGAUUUUUAAGUAUAGACAGCAGCUUACCAAGAUAGCACAUAGGGAACAAAUUAGUUUUGAGAUUGAUCUAGACGAUGUACAGUCGUUUGAUGAGGAAUUAGCCACAUCUAUUGCCAAUAAUACGCGGAGAUAUACUAAUUUAGUUUUGAAUCUAGUUCAGGAAAUGCUACCUGAUUUUAAGGAAGGAAUUGUCCUAUCUAAGGAUCCUUUGGAUGUAUAUACUGAGCAUAGAUUAAUGAUGGAAUUACGUAAUAGACCUCAGAGUGUACCUCAAAAUAAUGCUAAAGUUAAUUAUGCUCCUGAAUUGAUGCGCCGUUUUGAAGUAUAUUUUAAAAAUUUCUCUGAUGCAAAGGCAUAUUCAGUGAGAGAUAUCAAAGCAGAUAAGAUUGGAAAACUGGUAACAGUUAGAGGUAUUGUUACUAAAGCUACUGAGGUAAAACCGAUGAUAGUUGUGGCGACAUAUACAUGUGAUGAAUGUGGUUCAGAAGUGAGCCAGCCGGUGCAUUCUUUAAGCUUUAUGCCAAUACGAACAUGUCCGAGUGAUGGAUGUCGCGUUAACAAAUCUGGUGGCAGAUUGUAUUUGCAGACAAAGGGUUCCAAAUUUAUCAAAUUUCAAGAAAUAAAGUUACAAGAACACAGCGAGCAAGUCCCGGUUGGUCAUAUACCACGAUCGUUGACUAUUUUUUGUCGCGGUGAAACGACGAGAACUUGUCUGCCCGGGGAUCAUGUUAUUAUAACCGGUGUAUUUCUGCCUUUUCUGAAAACCGGAUUUAACGCUCGAUCAGGUCCUGCGCUUUCCAGUGAAACUUACUUGGAUGCACAUAAAGUAAUAUGCUUGAAUAAUGUAGAUACAGUAGAUGAAAGUAAUGCAGAAUUAACCGAUGAAGAAUUGAGUCUGUUAGUGCAAGAUGAUUUUUACAACAAAUUGGCUUGUUCCUUAGCUCCUGAAAUUUAUGGACUUGAGGAUGUGAAGAAGGCAUUGCUUUUGCUUCUCGUUGGUGGAACGGACAAGAAGAAAGGCGAUAUUAAAAUUCGAGGCAAUAUUAACAUUUGCUUAAUGGGAGAUCCUGGUGUGGCAAAGUCACAAUUAUUAUCCUAUAUUACACGAUUGGCUCCAAGAUCGCAGUAUACCACAGGACGUGGAUCAUCCGGCGUGGGUUUGACUGCUGCUAUCAUGAAGGAUCCUUUAACGGGCCAAAUGGUGCUGGAAGGUGGAGCUUUAGUAUUGGCCGAUCAAGGAGUCUGUUGUAUCGAUGAGUUUGAUAAAAUGGCUGAUGCUGAUAGAACAGCAAUCCACGAGGUGAUGGAACAACAAACUAUAUCUAUUGCCAAAGCUGGUAUAAUGGCUCGUUUAAAUGCCAGAGUCUCUAUAUUGGCCGCUGCCAAUCCGGCGUAUGGUAGAUACAAUCCGCAGAGAACGGUUGAACAAAAUAUUCAAUUGCCUGCUGCAUUGCUGUCGCGAUUUGACUUAUUGUGGCUUAUUCAAGACCGCGCUGAUCGAAGUAAUGAUCUUAAACUCGCAAAGCAUAUUACGUAUGUUCACCAACAUUGCUCGCAACCUCCAACGGAAACGGAAGCUAUAGACAUGAAAUUGAUAAGAAAGUAUAUAAACCUGUGUAAAACGAAGGAACCUGUAGUAUCAGAAGAAUUAACAGAAUACAUUGUGGAUUCUUAUGUGGAAAUGCGUAAAGAGGCACGUAACAGCCAUGACAAGACAUUUACUUCUGCUCGUAAUCUACUUGCUAUUCUUCGAUUAUCGACGGCAUUAGCACGAUUGCGGUUAUCGAACGUGGUCGAUAAGGAUGACAUAGCGGAAGCAAAUAGAUUAGUGGAGAUGUCUAAACAUUCAAUCAAUUAUUCUGAACAACGCAACAUUAACGCGCAACAGAAUCCAAUCAAUAGAAUCUUCCAACUUAUACGGGAACUCGCUGGCGAUAAAAAAACCGUUAAAGUAUCGGAUAUUCUGGAGCGAUGUACGAGCAAAGGGUUCAAACCCGAUCCAGUGUACAAAUGCAUCGAAGAAUACGAAGCGUUAAACGUAUGGCAGGUCAAUCAAACCAGAAGAUUAAUUACUUUUAUUUAAUUUUUGCCUUAAGAGCGAUAUCUUCUGCAGAAUCUAAUAAGCUUUUAUAUAUUUUUGAAAAAUAUUUUGUAUUUUGUAUUUUUCAAUAAAGGA